AUGAUUCAGCUUCCAUUUCUUCUUGGAGUCCCCCUUCUAGAGAAACUUGCUGCACCAAUUGCUCCUAUUUUUGCUGGCCGAACAGGUGGUCAGCUGUUCCUCACUGAUGGUAAACCCGACAUACCGCCUCUCGUAUUAAGAAUGGCGUCUGAUAAUGAAGAUGGAAAUUUUAUAUCUGCCCUUGGUGCAUUCAAAUGUCGAGUUCUUUAUGCAAAUGUCUCAUAUGACCAUAUGGUUGGUUGGCGCACAUCCUCAAUAAGAAGGGAGGCAGAAGUUAUAAAGCCCUCUCAGCGUUCUUUGGAUGGUUACAAACAUGUUGUAAAUGUGGAGUAUUGUCCCCCAGUUGUAUCCCAGGGUCCUCAUUUCCAUCCAGAAGCAGUGAAAGCAAAGGAGGCAGCUCAAAAUGAACCCAACAUGGAGAAUACAAUCGAGUAUCAUGAAUUUAUGGAAGAGGAAAUGAUAUGCGGCUUACAACAGUUGGGAUGGACAAAAGUCGAUGUUAGCUUUCACUCGGCAUUCUGGCCUUUCUUUGCCCAUAACAACCUCAAUGUGAAAAGUGAAUGGAUCCAUAAUGCUGGAGCUGGAGUGGUAGCUCAUGUUGCAGACAGCAUAAAGCAACAAGAAAAGCAACUGGAGUCGGUCUUCCUCAUUGAUUGCUGCUAGCUUAUAGUUACGAAGUGUAUAUAAAUGCAGAGGCUCCGACUAUAGCCUGGUGGCCGCAGUUUCAGGGGUUGGGGGUUUGUAACAGUGCCAAGCGUAACAACCCUCCUUCCCCCACUCCCCACCUCCCAAAAAAAGGUGUUAAAUAGAGGCACUCUUCAAGUUGAAACGGGUACCUUCUGAAAAAAAAAAAAAAAAAAAAGAAGGUUGAAACAUGUACAGUUAGUUGAGCACUUUAUCAAAUGAAGUUAUGUUCCUGAUAAAUUGUUGUUUCCAUGGUGAUGCUAUGAUGCCUAAUAUUUGAAAUCCAAUUCAAAGUAUUCAUAAUAAUAAAAUAUUUCAGUGUCCGAAGCUCCCGC